AUGAACAAUCACGACUUCGAGGUAUUGUCUCAACCAUUGGAUGAAUUGAUGAUUAAAUGUGAAGAGAAUAAAACCUUUGUCGAAAAACUCAUCGCCGAAGACAGUCAUCGAGAGUCGAGUGAAUCCACGAAAAGACAAUCAAUUGAUGAAAGAUUUGUCCGCAAAAGAAGACAAUUGAAGCGAAAGUCUAGUAAUAAACGAGUGAUUUGUAAACCAGUCGUCGAAGACAUUAAACGAAAGCAUAACAAGACUUCAGUCAAGACUAACACUAAAACAAAUGCCAAACAAAUGAAUGAUAAGAACGAAGACAUGAGUGAAGAGUCGGACGAGAGUUAUGUCGAAGAAUUGGGCGAAGAAUCAGACGAUAGUUAUGUCGAAACGAAGACAAAGAAAGCAAUCAAAAGACAUAAACCAACAAAAAGUGGUUCAAUUCUGAACUCUCUUCUGACACCAGAUUUCAAUGAAAGACAGAAAAUGUUUGAUUUGACCACAAAUUCAUACAAAUGUCCGAAAACUGAUUGUCACAAGACUUUUGAAACGGACACUGCAUUACGACAGCACUUGUUUAGACAACACACCAACACAUUUAAAUGUGAAUACAGUGGAUGUGAUAAACAGUACCCAAACUUGGGUGGACUCAAGUAUCACAUGACCACACAUUUAAAGGAUAAAUCACUUAAUAAUGAUUACAAUGAAAGACAAAAAAUGUUUGAUUUGACCACAAAUUUAUACAAAUGUGCGAAAACUGAUUGUUACAAGACUUUUAAAACAGACACUGCAUUGCGUCAACACUUGUUUAGACAGCACUCGAAGACAUUCAAAUGUGAAUUCAAUGGAUGUGAUAAACAGUAUCCAAACUUGGGUGGACUCAAGUAUCACAUGACCACACAUUCGAGUGAUAAACCGUUUAAAUGUGAUUACAAUGGCUGUCAGUUUCGGACGCAUAACAACACAAUCUUGACGGAGCACUUCAGGAGACAUAACUGCAACCAAUUUGCGUGCGAUUUCAUUGGCUGCGAGAAGACACUGACCUCUUUGCAGGGACUGCGCGUUCACCGAAGAACCCAUGGAAGCGAACCCACGUGGAAGUGCUCCACCAAUGGAUGCGAUGAGAGGUUCUUCACGAGAGCGCAACGCCAUAAACAUCAGGUCUCUGUACACAACUUGAAAACAUUGUUGAAACGCAAGCAUCCGUGCGAUUGGCCGGGAUGUGAGUGGACGGGCGUUGCCGUUGGUCGGCAUAGACUGCAACACACGGGUGAGACGCCGUUCCCGUGUUUAUGGCCAGAGUGUGGCAAACGGUUCAAACAAUCAAUCCUUUUAAAACAACACAUGAAUAUUCAUAACAACGUUAAGCCCUAUGCGUGUCAUUGGCCCGGAUGUACACACAGUUACGCCUACGCGGCUAACCUUCACUCACAUAUGAAGAGUUCGCAUCAAAUGGACAAUUAA